UUAGGUUUAACUUGCGUACUGUUUACCGUUCGCUGCGUAAUUUUUUCUGCCUCCAGUACAAUUCAGUCCUUUGUUAUUCUAAAUAAAAAAGUAAACAGACAAAAAAAAAAGAUUUAUUAUAUUUACGCACUUGGAAGUCUAAAAAAGUAGCGAUAAAUAAUCGAGAAAUUAAAUAAAAAUGAGUUCAAUGGCGAGUACUUUUUCGUGGGUUAAUUUAAAUCAAUACCAAACAUCUGAAGAGCGUAACAAGCAUUUGGAAAACUGUAACAAUGUUUUAACCCACGCAAUGGGCUGUAGCGAAUCAAAUUGUCCUGUUGAUAAAUGCGAUUCAUUAAAAUCAUUACUGGCCCACAGUAAACAAUGCAAUGUUCCAUUUUUUCGGAGAAUAUAUUUACGGGAAUCUUGCGAGCUGUGUAAAAAUUUAUUUGCUCUUCGUUUUUAUCAUGCUAAAGUAUGUGAUAAUUUAUCCAACUGCAAUGUCGAAGGUUGCGGGAAAUUUAAAAAAAUAACAAUUAAAAUAGACGAGCAGCGUAAGGGGCGAUUGCUUGGAAAAGAUGGUAAAAGUAAUGACAGCAAUUCGGAAUUAUCAGUAAGCGGUGGCCGAAUUGUCAAACGAACUGCCAGUUGUUUGCAACAAAAAAUAAGCGAAGUUCAGCUUCUACGGGGAUUCGCUGCUAUGAGUAUCGACAAGGAGUCUUCUGGUGGUGACUACAAAGAUGACGACCAUGAAGAAAUUAAAAUAAUAACUUACGUCAAUGGAGAUGCUAAAGUUAUCAAGACCUACAAGGUACCGAAUUUUAAGAAGCUCAUGUUCCUCAAGAGACGCUCAAGAAUUUUUAGCAAUGGGGAUGCUGACAAGAAGAGUAAUCUCUUAGGGAAUCCUGUUUCUUAUUUUUCCCAAAUAAAAAUAAACAAUGUCACUUCCAGUGGAUUGCAAGCCAGAAUGAUUGAGUCUCAUGACAGUUCUGCAUCAGCAAUUAUCGACGAUGGCAAACAAUUGAUGAGCAAAGAAGACGAAGUUCUUGAUGGAAUUGCUGCUAUGAAUAUCGACGAGCCGAUUUCUUCGACUGAUGCUCGAGUUUGAAGAGUCACGACUGAAAAUUACAUUUUUUAUUUUAUUUUUACUUAAAACUGUUCAAUGCCUGAAGUAGCGGCUCGGGUAGCAGAAGAAUAAGUCUGGAUUUUAAUUAUUUAAUAAUUAGUUAAGGUUUUUUUUUCCGCUUGAUAAUUCAGUAGAACUUAUGGGAGAAACAGGUCUGAGAUACAAAAAACAGAGGAUAUUUUUGUGAUUUUUUUUUCAUAGUAAAUUUGUUAUUAAAAUUUUUUAAAUUUGUGACAUUAUUAAGCAUUAUUUCAAGAAUAUUCUGCUAAAUUUUCAUAAAAAAAUAUUGAAAAAUAAGCCAGUGGUAGUGGGGAGAGACGAAUCACCUCAAAAAAAAAUUCCAUGCCGUAGGCAGGAUAACUCAUGACUGCUUCGUCUGAAAAUAAUUUUGUUUAUUCCUUCGUAUCUCAAACCUAUUUCUCUUCUUAAACGUUUAAUAUUUUUUAAAUUAUUUGUCUCACAAAUAAAUCCGAGGCAUCUUUUUUUUAAGAUAAAGUUAAAUAAUUAUAAAGCAAUAAAUUAUAACUACUGACUAAUUUUAUAAAAUGAUAUUAAGUAGAAAUAGUUAUCGCAAUUACUUGAGCUACAAUAGCCUUUAUAAUUAUUUUUAAAAAAUAUUACUGAGCAAUUGAAGUAUUUACUGAUAAUCUGGUAGAUAUAAUUGAAGAUUAUAAUUAUAUUUAAAUAGAUAGUCAUACUACUGCGUAUUUAAAUCAAUGCAAUUGUUGUUGAAGUACAAAUGGCAAUGAUUAUAAUAAUAGAUUUAUUUUAAAGGCGCUAAUAAUUUUUUCUUGUUAUAGUGAUAGUUUAUAAUAUAAAUAUAUAUAUAAAAUAUAUAUAUCGAUCUAUAUAAUUAUAUAAAGAAUUAUCUUGAAUG